UGCAGCUCUGCUCCAUGUGAGGCUAACCCACAGGUGAACGCCUGAGAUUCUGCUGCCUGGCUGCUCAAUCGUUCUUCCUUCUUCUCUAGUUUUCUGUUAUUAUAUUUUCAUCAGACAUAACAAAUGUGCAGGUGGAUGUUAGUCAGUCAUUAGUUACAGAGUGAUCCAUUUGUCAUGCUGCAUAAUCAGGAAUUCUGUAACUAAGUUUCUAUAAUUACAUAAGACAGUUUUGUAAGCAGGUCACCUGCUAAGGUUCGUGGUUCGAUCCCUGGCUACUCAAGUCUGCGUGGCAUAAUGAUUCCCAGUUGCUCUCCAAUGCAUCCAUCAGAGUAUGAAUGUAUGUGAAGCUCUAUGUUAAAUAGAAAGCACAUAGCAAAACGUGCUUCUGUGAAUGGCUGAAUGAGGCACUGUGUAAAGCACUUUGAGUGCUCAGAGCAGGAACGAGUCCAUUUACCAUGACCAAAUAACCAGCAUAUGAAGAAGCAGUUAAAAACAUUCCAUUUGUGUUCUUACAGAUUCUUACAGCUCAGGAUCUGGUGGACUUCUCGCCCGUCUACAGGUGUCUACACAUCUAUACUGUGUUGGGUGACCGAGAAACAUUUGAGAACUACUACAGGAAACAGAGGAAAAAACAGGCCCGGCUAGUUCUGCAGCCUCAGGCUAACAUGCAUGAGACAGUGGAAGGCUACAGAAGAUACUUCAAUCAGAUUGUGGGGUUCUUUGUUGUAGAGGACCAUAUCCUCCAUGCCACUCAAGGGCUGGUGACCAGAGCUUAUACUGAUGAACUGUGGAACAUGGCGCUGUCCAAGAUCAUCGCUGUACUCCGGACACACUCUUCAUACUGUGACGACCCAGACUUGGUGCUGGAGCUGAAGAAUCUCAUAGUCAUCUUUGCUGACACACUACAGGGGUUCGGCUUCCCGGUAAACCGUUUGUUUGACCUGCUGUUUGAGGUUAGAGACCAGUACAACGAAACCCUGCUGAAGAAAUGGGCACUGGUUUUCAGAGAGAUCUUUGAACUGGACAACUACAGUCCCAUCCCAGUGGAGACAGAGGAGGAAUAUAAACUGGUUGUCAGCCGCUUUCCCUUCCACGAUGCUGAGAUAGAGAAGCAGGACUUUCCUAAGAAGCUGCCAAUGUCCCAGUCUGUCCCUCAGAUCUACACCCAGGUCAAAGAGUUCAUUUACGCCAGCCUCAAGUUCUCAGAGUCACUACACCGCAGUUCAACAGAGAUUGAUGACAUGUUGCGAAAAUCUACCAACCUGUUGCUGACAAGAACUCUCAGCAGUUGUCUGCAAAACCUUAUCAAGAAACCUCACAUAGGACUGACCGAGCUGGUACAGAUCAUCAUUAAUACCACCCACCUGGAGCAGGCCUGCAGGUAUCUGGAGGAAUUCAUAACAAACAUCACCAACGUCUCCCCAGAAACAGUUCACACCACAAGACUCUACGGACUGUCGACCUUCAAGGAUGCUCGUCAUGCUGCAGAGGGAGAGAUUUACACCAAACUGAACCAGAAGAUCGAUGAGUUCAUCCAGCUAGCAGACUACGAAUGGGGCAUGGCCGAGUCUGACGGCCGCGCGUCAGGGUAUCUCAUGGACCUGAUCAACUUCCUACGAUCUACCUUCCAGGUGUUCACACACCUCCCGAAUAACAACAAUGAUCAUGCAUCAAUGUCGGGAAAAGUGGCCCAGACCGCUUGUAUGUCAGCCUGCAAGCAUCUGUCCACAUCACUGAUGCAGAUGCUGUUGGACACGGAACUCAAACAGAUCAGUAUGGGGGCCAUUCAGCAGUUCAACUUAGAUGUUAUUCAGUGUGAAUUGUUUGCCAGCUCAGAGCCAGUGCCUGGGUUUCAAGGAGACACUCUUCAGCUGGCCUUCAUCGAUCUGCGACAGCUCCUGGACCUCUUCAUGGUGUGGGACUGGUCAACGUACUUGGCAGACUAUGGCCAGCCAACAUCCAAAUACCUGAGAGUAAAUCCAGCCACUGCCCUGGCUCUGCUGGAAAAAGUCUACAGGGGGAUGAAGGACACCAGUAAGAAGAACAACAUCUUCUCCCAGUUCAGGAAGAAUGACAGAGACAAACAGAAGCUGAUAGAGACUGUAGUCAAGCAGCUGAGGAGUCUGGUCAAUGGCAUGUCCUCUUAAACCCACACACACACACACAGGCAGGAGUGAUGUGUGUGAAACAAGAGACUAAAAGAUGUAAACAUGAAUGGCGUCACAUGCACGCGUUGAACUGCCAACAGAAGGACUUUUUCACAUAUGUAAAAACAACACACCAAAUGGCAAAGACACACUUGUGAACCACACGGGGAAUUCGAGGGACAGAUACACAGCUUACAUGUACACACAAGUCACACACACACUUUACAUGAAGGCAAAGCAAUAGACAAACUGUACAGAGUGUGCAGGACUCUGCAAACACACAAAGUCUCCUUAGCUGACUCAAUACUCGACGAUAAACGGCAUACAGCAGUUCACUGACACAGGAACAAGCAGUAAAAUGUUUGUAAAGUAUUUUUAAUGCAGACGAUGAGACGAACUAUGUUUUGUACUUUUGUGGGAGUGCAAUGGUUGCUGCAGAGUAAGAGCGCUGGAAAUGACAGGCACAACUAUUGGGACGAUGAGGUCAAAGGUCAGUAACACCAGUGAAUGGCACCAAUCACUAUCUGAUGCUUUGUCACACACAUCUAUAAACCGAAGCCCUGUGCAGUAAGAUUAUCUGCUGGUUAACCUAGUCAGUGUAAACCAGCUGUUUGGAGUGUGGUCGUUAACGAGUAAAUAUGUCAGCCCAUGCUAACCUGCUGAAGUCCUCUUCUUUCUUUUUGUUGUUGUGCAUUGAGAUGAGCCUAUUUUAGCUGAAAACAGAUUUCCACAGACACUCAGUCUGAGCUUAGACUCAUGCAGCCCCUUCUGUUUAAAAUGUAAAGAAAAGCAGAACUAAAGACAGAUCAGAUAUUUAAACUGAACAAAUGUCCCAUUUUAAGAAUAAUAGCACGUUUUGAAUUUGAUGGCACAUCUUUAAAACGAAAAGACGGACGAUUCCCACUGUGUGAAGCUGUGCUGCUGGAACAGCUGCAGUGUGUGGUUUAGUGUUGUCCUGCUGAAAUAUGCAGGUCUCUCCUGAAAAGUACUCUAAAACCUGUAUACACCUUCCUGCAUUGAUGGCCAGAUGUGCCAGCUGCUGAUUCCAUAGGCAUUAAUGCGCCUCCACACCAUCAGCAAUGAAGGCUGAGUGCUGGUAACAAAGCAGACUCUUCCUCCCGUCUUUAGUCCAAACAUGUCGUUUUGGCUGACCUCAGAACAGUUUCCCACUUUGCCUCAGUCCAUUUUAAAUGAGCGUUGGUCCAGAGAGGACAGCAGAGUGUCUGCAUCGUGUUCACAUGUGUGAUCUGUGGAUGGCAGAGCGAGCUGUGUUCCAGCUGAAACUCAGACUCACACCUGGAGGUGACAGGCAGCCAGUGCUGAGCUUCAGUGCUGAGCUUCAGUGCUGAGCUUCAGUGCUGAGCUUCAGUGCUGAGCUUCAGUGCUGAGCUUCAGUGCUGAGCUUCAGUGCUGAGCUUCAGCCUUGCACACACAGAUUUCUCUGCAUCUUUUGAUGCUGUUAUUACUCUGGAUCAGACGUUCACAGUCUUUUGCAGCGCAGCACAUUAUUCUGAUCUGUUAAUUGUACACUAGUUUCUUGCAGAUUGGUGAUCCUCUUCACCUGGUCAUGCUGCUGACCUGUUGCCAGGUAACCAAAUCAGCUGUUCCUCUGUUGGAUCUCUUACGUUUCAGCUUUUGUUGCCCUGUCUCACAUUUUGCUGCUGCCAUCAAAUUUAAAAUGAGCCACUAAUGUUCUUGAAAUAGUCAAAUGUUGAAGUUUAAAUAUUUGAUAGGUUUUCUGUGUUAUAUUGUGAAUAAAGUACAAAUGGUUGUAUUCUGGUUUUAUUUACAUUUCAGACAAUUGAAAUGUGGGAAUCCUACUGUGAACAGAUCUGUAAUAACGAUGAAGAUGAUGCUUAUCUUUUCGUGUGUUGCUUUGUGUUUCUGGUUAGAUACUACGUCACAACAACAAAGGUGCAGCAGUUAGUGCUGUGUGCUCACAAAGAAAGGCUCACAUCACAGCUGGGCCCUGUGUGUGUGACGCUGGCAUGUUCUCCCUGCUCAUACUUUGUUAGAAUGGAAAGACGACAUGUUGGAGUCACAGUGAGAGUCUGAGGUUCAAGAGUCUGACUUUGUUAAUGUCCACAAUCCUUUCAGCACUGCUGCGCUGAGAAGUCCACAUCACAGCUGGGCCGAUGCCAUCCACAGGUUUCACUUGGAACUGUAGACCUCGGGCCAAGCUUUGAUUGAUUCAAAGCAAGUUUGUGCUGAUUUGAACUUCAGUUGGACUUUUCAGCUGAAAUAGUCAUUUAUGUGAGGACACAUUAUGACCAUCAGCUGUGCUGAACACACGGUCUGUGCUUUAGUCAUUACACCUGAGCAGUACUGCUAACGGUGUAUCAACCACUUAAACAUUCAUAAAUGAAAAUCAUAACUUUUCAGCCUCGUUCCACUCAUCUGCGUAAAACUGCAGCCACACUCAAAGUAAGUGCAGCGACGCGGUGACCAGAGACCAGAAGGGACUACCAAUGAGAGUGCAGGUUACCACUGAUUUAAGCCACAUUAGCUAACCAGAGUGGGGAGUGUAUGCAAGCGACCAGCCAUCAGCAUCACAGCGAUACAUGACGAGCAAACCCUCCCCAGUGUGGCUUACAGCUGCACGUGUGCCUGCCGUGUACGGCCUGGUUCACUACGUUACUGACUUUGACCAACUGCAGAGGGGUUUGGUUGGGCUUGUGUCAUGUUAGGGUGAGCAGCUGCUUAAUGAAUGAAUGAAGUUCAUUAAAAAUGUAGUAAACUUUCCUGUAGUGAAAACGUCUCCCUGCUUCGUGUUUCCAACCUUUCUGCGUAUGAAUGUGUCAUGUGACCCCGACAAAGACCAGAUGAAGUUCAUCGUCCCAAUACGUCACCUGUUGUUGCUGUAGCGCUGGUUCUGUGACAGGAGAGAGAAGUGUGGAUGAUGAUGUCUUUAGAGACUGAUGUUCAUGAGAAAAGGGAUGUUUUAUUGAACUUGGUGUUUGCUGUUGUUUGCUUCUUCUGCCUGACAACCCUGAGACAGUGACUGAACACGGAGGAGCUCGGUGUGUGCUUGCAUGAGAGGACAGCAGAGGGACAAGCCUGUCCAUGGAGUCUCUGCAUAUUUACAUGAUUUGACCUGUCUUACAUGGAUACAUAUGUUGCACAACAUAAGACAAAGCUUGAUACCAAAUAAUUUGAUUCGUUACCACAAAAACAAGAUCGAUGCUGGUCAGGUCUUUGCAGCUUGUUGCACUGGAUUGUAUUACAUUGUGCAGGUGUAAACAUCUGGAUUUGUUAAGGCCCUAAUAAGGGUUGAUGAAGAUUUUAGGCUGAAUGUGUGUGACACUGUAAGAAACAGCCCUGUUAAUGUGUAUGCGCAUGAUGCCACCAUAUAAGAGAUUCACUACAGUCAUAGCAAACUAACACCUGGUAUUAAUAUGUGGCUUGUGUCUGCAAUAUGUUUAGUAUAAAUGCAACACACACGAGUCCGACUGUUAGUGGAUCAGCUGGAUCACCUCUGAAGGUGUAACUGUAACGUGAUUGUGAAGCCAGUGUUUUAAAACUGGCCACAAUAAGCGAGGGGCAGAUCUAAGAAAUAGAAGGACGCUAACGGUUUGUUAGCCAACAUCAUCCUCCCGCCUGCCUCUGAAGGACGCCAUAUUUAACAGAACGAACACUUACACUAGUGACUGAAACUAAUCAGGAAAGUUGGCUGGGGGUUAUUUUCCCAUAGACUUCUAUACAAGUAUUUCAUCUCCUGCUGACCACAGAGGUUCUUUUUAGACCUGGAGGCUACAUCCAGCCUGCAACUUUUACAAACUGAGGCACUGCACUACAGUAAACCAACUAUGCACGUGUCCUUCAGGCUGAUUCCAAGCAACCUAAAAAGUAUGAUGCCAGUAACAACUACUCUGUGGUGUUUGUGGUGUCUGCAGCUGACCGCGUGCACGUCCACAAGGGAGCAAGACUGCACGAGGUCGAUGACGUGGCUCAUUCAAUACAAAAUCCACUCGACCCCCUUAAUAUCACUUGAUUAUUCUUUAUGAUUUCUUUAGCAUAUUCUAAAACCUCAAAAGCUCAGCAUGAUUUUUUUCCCAUAACCAGCUUUGCACAUUAGAGUAUAUAGAAAUAAUAUGUUAGAUUUAAUGUGACGUUUAAAAUUGACUGUUUAUAAUGUUGAAGACGAGCCUGGUACCUGAGCGUGGGUGAAAAGGACAAAUUCAUACAACCUUUUGGCCUGUUAACGACCUGCAGAGCAGCUCUAAUAUCCAGGUUGCUGGUGCUCUACACCUCAGACAGUGAAGCAGGCCUGCCUGUGUCACAUCAGCACAUGUUAAUACCAGGUGGCGAUGGAGGCUACGUUUCCUCAUCACGUGGAGCUGGUGUCGCUGAAAUCAUGCCCCGGCAUAGGCCUGUCCGUGGUGCUGAGGCUGGUCAGGUGGACUCUUCUCAUACAACCCACCCAAAAUAUCUGAUUCACGCUCACAUGGAAACGAGCUCCAUGGGGGUCGCAAUGUUGAAUCGCUCGGUGGCUGUUGCAUUCUCUUCUUUUUGUUCCUCAGGGUGAAAUCAAGCUUUAGAAUCACUUAACACACAAGCACAGCAAUAAUGAAUCGGUUCCUUUACAGCAUCACAGGCAGGUUGACAUUUUGUAACAAGACCGUUUCUAUUCUGUUUGUGUUUGGGCUCUAUUUCCUCCUCUGCAGGUGUUUUUGCACUGUAAAUGAGUUGUUUUCCUUUUAUGAUUUAUUAUUUGCCUUUUUUAAUGGUUACUUGUAAAUGCCAAUGUAUAUAUUGGAUAUUUUGUAAAGAAAAUCUUACAGCAGCCUGUCUGCUUUAGAGAGAAUGUGAGGUCGACGGUGUCAUAUGAACCUCCAUCAACAGCUAAAGUAAAUAUGUAAUUAAUAAGAGUUUGCAUUUGUUCCUUUCCUGUUAAAUGCAGCUGAGUGCAAUAUGAGGACCUGAGUGAUUGAAGUCGGUACCUUCUCUUCACACAACUGCAUGAUUAAAAUGUAAAGAGCUGGCUCCUGCUCCACCAUACAUCCCAUAUGAACUGUGUAAAUAAGGUCCCACACAUUUCUCUCUGGGUUUCAUCACACCAGUCACACCAUUGCUUCUGCUGGUUUGAAAGUAACUACAGCACCUGUGUCACAAUAUAAAUAAAACCCAACUUCCAUACAAACACAGCCUGUACUGGUCAUAGCUGAUGGAAACUGGAAACACAAUCAUUACACUCUUCAUUUUGAAGCUGGCCCCACUUUGAUUUUCAUAGGAACAAGGAUGCUGUACGCCCUGAACUCUGCUGACUUCCUUAAUGAAAAAGUUGAUCCCACCUAAGGAAAGAUUGGCUGGUGGAGAAGUCGUUGCUUUUUUAACAGAGACGCUGUUGUUCCAUGUCCUGAUGUCCUUGAAGGAUUCAAGGUCUGACCCCGGAUUUUAAAGACGGGGACCACAGUAAUCGGGUCGGGGCAGCAGAAUGGGGAGCGUGACUCUUGAGUUAUUGGCACUGACUGCUGGUUUGCCACAUCUAAGAUUAAGGCCUAAUGAAUGUAGGUGAUUUCGAUUUAGUUUUAGCACAGACGAGUUUGUUUUCUCUUGUCACUUGCAGACGUAAAGAGAGGGUACGUCUGAAUAUCCAAAGGCAUCCUUGCUUUGUCAUUGUUCUCAGUAAGAAACGCAGACUGAGAUGUUGUUUCCCUGAAUUUGUUGUUUUUAUUUUGUGUGCUGUAAUAAAAGGUUAUCCAACA